AUGGUCCUUGUCCUGGUUAUCGGUGACCUCCACAUCCCUCACAGAGUUCAUGACCUCCCCCUCAAAUUCAAGAAACUCCUCGUUCCCGGUAAAAUCCAGCAAAUUCUCUGUACGGGCAACGUCUGCGACAAGGAGACGUACGACUACCUGCGGACCAUAUCGCCCGAUGUGCACGUCGUCAAGGGUGACUAUGACGAGUCGGGGUUCCCGCUGUCGGUGACGGUCGUGCACAAUCCGAUUAAGAUUGGCGUGAUGCAUGGGCACCAGUGUAUACCGACUGGCGACUUGGAUUCGCUCAGCUCAUUGGCAAGGCAGAUGGAUGUGGACGUAUUGAUUUCGGGUCAUACACAUACGUUUCAAGCCAUCGAAUUCGAUAACAAAUUCUUCGUCAACCCAGGAUCAGCGACAGGAGCAUGGACAGGAGCUUAUAACGGAGACCCGACACCGUCAUUUGCUUUGAUGGACAUCCAAGGCUCCGUUGUCGUGACGUAUGUGUACCAACUCAUUGAAGGCGAGGUCCGAGUGGAGAAGAUUGAAUGGAGGAAGGAUCCUGAGGUGGUCAAUGCUGCCCCUAGGAGUACCGUCAUGCCCCAGAGCAUUCCUAGUCCGACGCCUAGCAGCCCGCAAGGGGGUGGGUGGUAGUAGCAAUGAAGUUGGACUUUGUAGAUUCGGAUUAUUUAACGGGCUUUUUUAUCCUUUGUAUUAUCCCAUUACGAUCCCAAAUACAGAUUGGGCUUCGGAAAGGUCUCUUGU